UAUUACUGUUGCUCAUGCAACCCCUGUCAAAGAAUCCAAAUUAAAAACAUUGGGGGUGAGAUUCCAGGAUUCUUACCAGGGAAAGACUUUCGAAGUGCUCGGUAUCCAUAAAGCCUUUAAAGUAGAUAUCGCAAAAUUUAUUGAAGAAAUAGGAGCUGCUGCAAAUGAACACAACAAAGAACUCGUAAAAGAAUUAUUGAAGUGGAAUUCUAAAUAUGAUGCGCUUGUAGAUGAAUUAGAAGCUACCGCU